UCCUUAGUACUACUACUGCUUUCCCUCGGUGAACAAGCGUGUCGUCGUUCAUGGCUUCCAGUCAACUUACGUCUUUUGUGUUUCAUUGACGAAUAAUUAACAUCACGGUGCAGGAUCAACAAAAAUAUGCCGAAACUACAACUCAAAUCCAAAUAUGCAGCUGAGUCUAAGUAUGAAGCUUAUUUCACGGGAAAACAUAUUCAGGUAACGAAAGAUGGCGCAUCUUUGCUAUGUGAAUGUGAAGAUAGUGUCGGAGUGGUGGACCUUGCAACAGGCAAAGUGACUGGCCGAAUCUCCUGUGAAGAUGACGUUGUCACGUGCAUAUCAAUUUCGCCAGAUAAUUCUUCCAUCGUCGUGGCUCUGAGGUCUACCUCAAUCCAGCAGUAUCAAUGGCCAGGUUUAGAACUGCAGCGAACUUUCAGAGCCUAUCACCGGGGUCCUGUUACUGUGAUGGACUGGGAUGCCUCAUCUACAUUGCUUAUCACAGGAGCUGCUGAUUCUUCUGCUCGAGUAUGGGAUCUUCAGCAGAAGUUUUGCACACACAAUUUAAAAGGAGCAUCAGGAGUGUUUGGGAUAGUGAUGUUUCACCCAGAACUGUCCCAAAAACCACAUGUCUAUGGAGCAGUAGCAAACAAAAUCCAUAUUUGGGCCUUAGCAGCAGGUUCAUCGUCUCUUGCAGCAACCCUAGAUGGGCAUCAUUCCAGUGUCACAGCUCUGCAAAUAACUGAUGAUAGAACACGCUUGAUCAGCUCUGGCUUAGAUCGUGUUAUUAUACUCUGGGAUCUACAAACAUUCACAAGCAAAAGAAUUGUGCCUAUAUUAGAGUCCCUCUCCGGUGUAAUAUUACAACCAAAAGGUGUGCUUUUUCCUGGUGCUCAAGAAGAUGACCAUAUAUAUGCCCUGACUGUAGGAGAUAAAGGUUUUCCUUCAGUAUGGCAAGUUGACACUGGACGUCAAGUUUGGAAAAGUUCUCAACCACUUUUGACUGCUAUAGAGCGAGAAGGGGCAACUUUAAUCCAUCAGCUUUUGUAUUCAUGCAGCCUUGAGUCUGUUAUCUUCACAACAUUUGAUAAUUCGAUUCUUCUAGCCAAAGUUGAUACUUUAAACAUAUGGAAACAGCUUUCAGGUUAUAAUGACCAGAUUUUGGAUGCUGUAUUUGUUGGCACAGGAGAGACUCAUCUUGUCGUUGCCACCAACAGUCCACAGAUACGUAUAUAUAAUGUGAAUGACUUUAGUGUUCAUCUCACUCAAGGACAUACUGGAAAUGUAUAUUCACUUAGCUGCCAUCCUACAAAGCAUGAAAUCUUUGCCUCCAGUGCCCAUGAUAGUAACAUUUGCGUGUGGGAGUUAAAGGCAGAUGGCUCAGCAGUAUGCAUUGCAAUUGCAAAAGGACACACACAAAGUGUUGGGUGUGUUGCAUUUUCUCAAGGCUUUAUGGUUACCGGAAGCAGUGAUAUGUGUAUGAAAAGAUGGGAUGUCGACAAAAUACUCGAAAAGAAGGCUAGCGGUGAAGCAGUUCAACUUCAAUCUGCCUACACGGUGAAGGCACACGAUAAAGACAUCAAUUCUCUCUGCGUAUCAGUCAAUCAUAAACUUGUUGCAUCUGGAUCCCAAGAUAAGACUGUAAAGAUUUGGGACAGCAGCAACCUUUCACUAUUAGGUGUAUUGAACGGACAUCGUAGAGGUGUUUGGUGCGUACAGUUUUCCCCAGUAGAAGAGGUUGCUGCCACUGCCUCUGCUGAUGGCACCAUCAAGAUCUGGGCCUUAAGUGAUUUCAGUAAUGCUGUGACUUUAGAGGGCCAUGGUGUCAGUGUGAUGAGGCUGACUUGGGUGUCACAUGGCCAGCAGUUAUUAUCCAUAGGGUCAGAAGGCUUGCUGAAAAUGUGGACAGUCAAAACUCGACAGUGUGUGUUUACUGGUGAUGAACACGAAGAUAGGGCUUGGGCAUUAGCCGUGUCACGCGACGAGACAAAGAUUGUUACAGGUGGAGAGGAUGCAUCUCUGAUAAUCUGGAAAGAUGUAACUCAAGACGAAAAGGAUCAAGAAUUAGCCGAGGCAGCAAGGUUGGCAUCCGAAGAGCAGACAUUAUCUAAUCUCAUUCAAGAUAAAAAAUGGGGUAAGGCUUUAGCUAUUGCCAUUCGGUUAAAUCAACCAUUCCGAGGCUUGAAGAUAGUUAAGGAACUACUAGACGAGGAUCCAAGAGGAUUAAUGGGAGUAAUGAAAAAAUUUCGUCAUGAUCAACUGGUGACGUUACUUGAAUUUGCAUCACAGUGGAAUACCAGAACUAAGAAUUCCAGGGAAGCACAGAGCAUUUUAAGUGUGGUUCUUAGCAGUCGAACUCCAGAGGAAUUAGAGGAUAUGAAAGAAUGGCAGCAUUUGCUUGAAGGCCUUUUACCAUAUACUGAACGCCAUUUACGGCGUUUGGCAGCCCUACAUCAGUCUUCUUUCAUUCUGCAAUAUAUGUCCUCUUGCCUGACUCUAGGAAACACUGAAGCGCUGGGUUCUAGACCUAAGGAAAAUCGUGAUGACCUGGAACUACUACGCUCUAUAAAUGAAUACACACCACCCAAACCGGAUGAAGAUGAUGAGGAUGAGGGGGUUGAAGUAGAUGACAACACUGAUGAGGAAAAUGUACCACUGAGUGUGAAAGAAGCUGUCAAAGAUUCAAUUAUGGAAGUUGAUGAAAAUGAGGAUGUAUCAGAUAGUGAGAGCAGCAACAUUGAGAAUUUGGAUACUCUGGUUGAAAGCAAUAAAAUGUACGAAGAUAAUAGAAAGGAAAUGAUUCAGAGUCAAGGUCUUGAUGACCUUGAUUCAAAUUUCAUCAUGGAAGCAGUUGAAGCAAGCAGUUCUGAAGAGGAGGGAAAUCUAGAAGGUGACAUGAGCUGUGAUGAAAAUGAAAAGACAACAUUGAAAAGAGAGGUACCUCAAAAGGCUAAAGUAAAGAAACUAAAUAAUAAAGGGAAGAAGCAAAAAGUUAAAAAACAAAGUUGAAUUGAUAACCUAUUUUAUAAAUAUUAAAGUUUAUUUAUGUAUGUAAAUAUUUUUUAACAAAAUCUUUUAAAAUAAAGCUAAUUUCUCAA